AUGAAGUUCUCCGCUGUCGCCGCUGCUACCCUCCUCGCCGGAUCUGCCAUCGCUGCUCCAGGCACAACUCUUCGACAAGAACGUGCUUCCAAGCGUGCUGCUGGUGUCCGUCACGGAAGCCCAGUCAAGUACGUUGAAGGCCCAUCCUCUCAAGUGACCAACAAGACCAAUGUCUCCUACUCCUCCAACUGGGCCGGUGCCGUUCUCGUCGGUACAGGAUACACCAGCGUAACCGGAUCCUUUGUUGCCCCAUCCCCAAGCACAGCCGGAUCCGGAUCCGCCUGGGUUGGAAUCGACGGUGAUACUUGUGGAGCUGCCAUUCUCCAAACGGGUAUCGAUUGGACCAAGUCGGGAUCUUCCAUCACCUACGAUGCUUGGUAUGAGUGGUACCCCGAUUACGCGUAUGACUUCACCGGAAUCUCUAUUUCUGCCGGAGACACCAUCAAGGUCACCGUCACCGCCACCUCCAAGACUACAGGUACCGCCACCAUCGAUAACGUUACCAAGGGUAAAAGUGUUUCCCACACCUUCACCGGUGGUGUUGAUGGAGAUCUCUGCGAAUACAACGCUGAGUGGAUUGUUGAGGAUUUCGAGCAGAGCGGCUCCCUCGUCACUUUUGCCGAUUUCGGUACCGUCACCUUCUCUGGUGCCACCGCAGUUAAGUCCGGCAAAACCGUCGGUGUUACCGGUGCUGGCAUCAUCGAUCUUCAACAAACCAGUGUCCUCACCAACUGUGCUCUUGUUGGUAGCACUGGUGUCUCUUGCUCAUAUGUUUAA